GGAAUCAUGAAUGCUCCACCGCAUGACGUAUGUAAAUGGCAAUGGCGUAUUCAUCCUUCUCUCUACCAUUCGGUUGUCUUCUUCUUAGUAAGCAAAAAAAGAAGAAGACGUAAUAGAGAAACUGAAAGAAAAAAGGGACAAAAAUAAAGCUGUCCCGGCAUUUACUCUUGUUUUCUACUAGCUUUCUCUACUUUUCUCGGAUCUUCCGAAAUGUAACCGCUUCAAUGAUAUCUAAGUUGCUGAUUGUAUCACUUCAACAUUGUGUUUCUUGACCUCUUUGUACUCUAUGACUGGAAUUAUGAAGAUUGCGGAUUUGAUUGCUGAGAAGACACAUUAAGGUAACUUUGGAAUUCUCAAUAUUGCAUUUUGGUUUGCCAAGAAGACACAAUAAGAAUUACCAAAGCAGAUGGAUCUUUGCCUAUAAUUUUUUUCCUACUCAGAACUGACAAAAGGAAUCUCAUUCUUCUAGGAACGACGAAAUUGUACAUUGCUAUAUGCUUCCAAGAAGAUUUCCUCAGAUGGAUGCUAAUCCUAGGAAUGGGGGUGAAAGGGAUAAUGCUUCGCGAGGAAUUCUGCAUGACUUAUUGCCACUAAAUGAAAUUGAUCCAAGCACUCAAAAGUUCCCUUGUUGCCUUGUUUGGACUCCUCUCCCUGUGGUUUCUUGGCUUGCACCUUUUGUUGGACAUGUUGGCAUAUGCAGGGAGGAUGGUACCAUUGUGGAUUUUUCUGGAGAUAACAUGAUUCAUGUUGGUCAGCUCUUCUAUGGAACUGUAGCCAAAUACUAUCAGGUAGACAGACAGCAGUGCUGUUUUGCUCGCAACUUUGGUGGACACACAUGCCGUCAGGGUUACGUACAUGCUGUAUUUGGGACAGCAAUAAGUUGGGAUGAUGCUGUUCAGUUGUCUAGGCGCACCUUUGAGUACAGAAACUUCAGCGUUUUCAGUUGCAACGGCCACUCAUUUGCUGCUAAUUGCCUGAACCGGCUAUCAUUUAGAGGAUCAAUGCGCUGGAACAUGAUUAACGUUGGAGCUCUUAUAAUGUUUAGGGGAAAGUGGGUCAAUCGCUGGUCAAUCUUGAGAUCAUUUCUGCCUUUCAUUGGGAUGCUUUGCUUCGGCUAUUUAAUGAUUGGAUGGAUGUUUCCAAUUGGUCUGCUCUCCUUUGUUCUUGCGACUUUUGGAUGGUAUGUCAUGAUCUGUUACUGUUGCAAGAUUGAGGAUGAUGAUUAGAACCUUGUGCUGUGUUGGUUCAAGUCUUUUUAGGUGUUUGAGAAAGACACUCAAAAGUGUUCUUUCCUGAAUAAAGUCUCUUCUUGUGAGAGAACUCUACUUAUUUUCUGUUGUAAUGUCAUGUGAAAACAUAUUAUAUUAGUUAAAGUCCAGUGUUGUAAUGUAAUGUUAAAACAUAUUAUGUUAGUUAA